AUGCCUGACGCCCACGCCAGCGUACUCACGCCCUCCGAAGCCAUUCCCGAGAAUGCGGUCCACGUCAAGGGUCCCGAUCUCAGCAAGCCCAUCGACCUCGUGUCCCUCCUCAAGAGCUACGAGACCAUCGGCUUCCAGGCGACGGGGCUUGCCCGCGCGAUCGAGAUCAUCGAGGAGAUGCGCGAGCAGCGCGAGAACACCGAGCAGCCGCUCACCCUGUUCCUCGGCUACACGUCCAACCUCAUCUCGUCUGGCCUGCGCGAGAUCAUCCUCUUCCUGGCUAAGAACAAGCUUGUUGAUGCUCUCGUAACGACUGCUGGUGGCGUCGAGGAGGACUUUGUCAAGUGCCUCGGGUCCACGAUCCUCGGCAACUUCCACCUGCGUGGUGCUGACUUGCGAAAGAAGGGCCUCAACCGCAUUGGCAAUCUCCUGGUGCCCAACUCGAACUACUGCGCGUUCGAGGACUGGAUCAUGCCGAUCCUCGACCAGAUGGUCGCGGAGCAGGAGGGCCCCGAAAAGACCAAGUGGACGCCGAGCACUGUCAUCAAUCGCUUGGGCAAGGAGAUCAACAACGAGGAGAGCGUCUACUACUGGUGCUGGAAGAACGACAUCCCUGUGUUCUGCCCUGCGCUAACCGACGGUUCCCUCGGUGACAUGAUGUACUUCCACACGUACAAGGCGGACCCGGCGCCGCUGAAUCUCGACAUUGUCGGUGACAUCCGCAAACUGAACGACAUGAGCAUUAAGGCCAAGCAGGCGGGCAUGAUCGUCCUGGGUGGUGGCAGGAACGGCGCCGACUACGCCGUGUAUAUCAACACAGGGCAGGAGUACGACGGGUCGGACUCGGGCGCGCGACCGGACGAAGCUGUCUCGUGGGGCAAGAUUCGCGCGAACGCGCAGAGCGUCAAGGUCUAUGCUGACGCGACGCUUGUGUUCCCGCUCAUCGUCGCGUCGACGUUUGGCAAGGCACACUGGGAGGCGAACAAGUAG